AUGGCUUUGUGCGUUUAUCCAUUUACCAAGAAUACCGCCGUACACCUCUCUCACUUUGACCUUGCAUUGCAUCCGCUUCUUCCCUCCACCUGCCUAAAACGUCGUUUCUGCCCCACAAACCACUUGUUCAAUCGCACCCGUGCACGUGCACUGUAUCUGAUUCGCCAUAACGAGAACCAUGCCUAA